AUGCCAACUGAUGUGACUCGCUCGCUUUCCCAGGACAGCGUGCAAGAUACGGUCCUGGUGCCUCCUUUGAACUUUGCUAUAGUAUCUCCUGGAGUAUAUCGAUCAGGACACCCCAACAGGCAAAACUUUCCUUUUCUCAAAAAGUUGGGCCUCAAGACAAUAAUGUACUUGUCAUCUGACGAUUUUAACGAAGAACUGCAUCAGUUCGUAACCGACCAGGAUAUCCAAGUAUUUCAUUACAAAAUAUCAGGGAAUAAGGAACCAUUCAUUGAGAUUGAACAAAAGGAUAUCAGCAGUGCGUUAGUAAAAGUGCUCGGUUGUCUAAGGAAAUUACAAAGAUGGUCAAUGACCUCUAUAUUUGACGAAUAUCGGCGCUUUGCAGGAACAAAAGUCCUUGCUGACCAGGAAUUUAUUGAAAUAUUCUCUGAGCCUGUACCGUAUGAUCCAAGGCAUAAGCCGGAAUGGUUGUAA